AUGGGUGGAGAGGCGAGCAGGAAGAGGCAUUUGGAAUUCAGUGCGGCGGCUGCGCAUGCGUCGGAUGAGGAGCAAAGGAUGUGGGGGAGUGGAGUUGACCCCAUAGAGGAAAACUCAGCACCUGCUCUUGAUCGGAGGUAGGUCUCUGUGCACUCAUGUGUCUGAUAGUUAUGGAUCUAGGUCGGCCUUGGCCAAGCUGCUGCCCUCAAGAUGCAUGCAUGUGUUUGUGUACAGGAGUUCAAGUGCAAGGUGAUUUUACAAAAUAAAUCGUAAUGGCUCAUCCAGGGCUGGUGCAAACAUCCCCCCAGCGCCCCCAAAUUUAGUUUAGCCCCCAAAUUAACUUUUAUUAUGCUCAUGUCAGACACCACGCUUACACCUUUUCUCUUGUUUACGAAAGGAGGAAAAAUAAACUUUUUUAUUUGCGUUUUCAUUUACAAUACACUUAUACUUAAGUAUACAACACCACCACACUUAAACUUAUAAGUAUUGUUUAGGCCACCUACUUAGGAGAAACAUCGGUUGUGUCAAAGGCGGCACUGACCCUGCUGCCGCAUAGCAGCUCAAUACAAUACGUAACAUAAUAUUUUGAUGUAAGAGUAAAUUUCACGUGCACGGCGUCGUUGAGAAUGACAAGCACCGUCGUUGAGUCUGACAAGCGCUGCUGCUGGCGAAACAAGUCUUUGGUAAAUGAGCGCACAAAGUCAAAAGUCCUUUAGUGAAACAGUAGGUAUACAUUUCGAUAAUACCUAGGUAUAUAUGUAUUUUGUUUUUCUAGCUUGAUCAAAAUUAUUUAUUAUUUCACAACGGGUAGAUAGUUAAGAGCUUAGGCGGCUUCAGUGGCUGGCACCCCCCAGAAUUUGGCGCCCGGGUUCCCCGCACCCCUUGCACCCCUGGGGAAAGACGGCUCUGGGCUCAUCCAUCCUGCAUAUUUAAGCUCCUUGUUCCAUAAGAAAAUGCCAGCGGGUUUUUCCUCCUUGUUCUUUACCUAAAGAGUUAUGUUGCCAAACUUCUGUCGGCAGCCAGGAAGAUGAACAGCAGCCACGGUGGAGAGGAACCAGCCUGGGGAAUGGAGAAGGCCUCCUGCAGCAGAAUGGGUAGGCUCAAGUGCAACGAAGCGCUGUGUUUUGUUCAUUUUGGUGAAGGCAAAUGCUCCUAUGGAACUCCCUCCCACAAGAGGCAGGGAUGGUCAAUUCAUUAUGGAUCAUUUCCCAGUACUCUUUUACCCUUUUAAAUGAAAAAAAUGUUUUAAAGUACUCCCCCCCCCCCCAAAAAAACGGAGUCCGUUCUGUUGGGGAUAAUCCAGACGGAAAUUCCCAGGUGUCAAUACAGGUUAUUUAUGUAUGCUACUACUGCGGCCGGUGUUUUGUUAGCCCCAAAAUGGAAAAUGAGCGAGGUCCCAACCAAAGAAUGGCAACUUAAGUUGACAGGAUAUGCACAACUUGCAGACUUAACACAUAGAAUAAGAGAACAAGAAGAAUAUAACCUUUAAAGAUUGGGAAAUGUUUAUGGAAAUAAUUGUAAACAGCUGAAAACGCUGGCAGCAUUAAGAUAAAUUCAACAGUGUAAACAAAUUUUUGAAUGAGUAUUUUAAAUUGUAAAACAGAAAAUUAAUUUUUUUAUAUAUAAUACUGGAGGAAGUGAUGGCCACCAACUUGGAUGGCUUAAAACGAGGCAAAUUCAUAGAGGAGAGGGCUACCCGUGUAUCCCGUUGGAAGCAAUCCAGUCUGAAUACCCAUUGCUUGAGGUCACAGGAGAGGAGAGGGCUCUUGUUUUCGAAUCCUGCUUGCAGGAAGUUUCCUAUGGACAUCUGUUUGACCACGGUGAGAACAGGAUGCCAUUUUGCUCUGAUCCAGGAGGGCAGUGUUUAUGUUCUUUUGUUAGGGCUGGUCAUUUAUUAGUUUUAUGCACCUGAUUCCUUCUUCUUAUGAAAACUAAUUUGCAGUCCUCAUGCAGAUUGUCGGAACAAGAUGGACGGGGUAUAAAUAAUACAUUAUUAUUAUAUAGUGACUUUGUGAAAGCUUGGGCAGUAUGUGAUUGUUUCUUGGAGAUGACAUAAGGGGAUUGUGAAACUAAAUGGGUUAAAAAGAUGUAGGACCACGGUGGAAAUGAUGCAAAGGAGUGUGGAGAUUUAGCUCUUUGGUGCUCUUGGAGUGAGUGGUUCUCUUGUGACUAUUUGAACCCCUUCAGGUUUGAAUUUUAGUGAUGGGGAAGUUUAACUUAGGUAAAAAAGGUAAAGGACCCCUGGACAGUUAAGUCCAGUCAAAGGCGACUAUGGGAUUGCAGCACUCAUCUCACUUUCAGGCUGAGGGAGCUGUUAACCUUCCCGCCACAGCGAUACCUAUUUAUCUACUUGCACUGGCAUGCUUUCGAACUUCUAGGUUGGCAGGAGCUGGGACAGAGCAACGGGAGCUCACCCCAUCGCGGGGAUUUGAACUGCCAACCUUCCGAUCAGCAAGCCCAAUAGGCUGCGUCCCCCUGAAGUUUAACUUACUGAAUGUGGCAUGAUGCUUUCUGGUUUUCUGUUUCUAAUCUUAUCAGCACAUGGACAAAUCCUGGUCGAGGUGACUCCACCAUGAUGAACAACCCUGCUAACGUCAGUGUGGACGAACCUGUACAAAAAUUAGCUGGGAGAAAGGAGGGACAAAGGGCUCUUCCGUUUGAUGGCUCCAAUGAAGUUUUGAUAGGUAAAUCCUUUAAAAAAAGGGGGACGGGCAACAGUCCCAGAGCAGAAGCUUUGAAAGGAUGUGGUUGAGGCAGGUGAGCAGGAGGGAUUAAGGUCACAGUAAUUUGAUGGCAUUCAAAGUUAUCUCCACAGGCAUGCAGUCUCCGCUACUGUGGUUUCCAGUAACUGGUAUUCACAGGGAUACCCUGAAUUCAGACCCCUUGCUCCCCUUACAGAACUAACAGUUUCCAGGUAGCUAACUCGCUUAAGGCGGUAAUCACACAUGCCCUGACUAAGCUGUAAGUUCUACUAAGAUCAUUAGGACUUCUCUUUGAGUAGAUCAGCUUAGUGUUGCACAGUAAGACCACUGGUACUAUUUUGCAGGUGGAAUUCAGUGGUAUAUAUUGGCGAAUUCAGAUUGGGGAAUUAAAAUGACUUCGUUGGUCUUGCACAGCAAACCUGGCACCCAAAAGCAUUUAAAAAAAAAAUCAAACUUUUUUGUGGUAAGGACUUUGGAGAUGGGGAAAUGCAGUGGGAAGUGUGGGAUAACUGAUGCUUUUCAUGACAUGAAUGCUCAGUAAACAGUGAACAUAGCCUCCACAAACUUUGUGUAGGCAAAUUAAGAUGAAACACUCAAUAAACAUGCCAACUGGAAGCAACCACAGUCCGUAAUGUGCCUUGGGAACUAAUGCCGAGCCUGAGGAUGUGGGUGGUAUCUGAGUCAUGCUAUUUUGCACAUGCAAAAGCUGGCAAAAUCACAUGCAAAGGCACCACAUGGCAGAAUACACACCUGCAGAGUCUUGUAGUCACUUUUCUUUUCCCCCAAAUGCCUCUCUUCCUGGCCCUGAGGCCCUGUUGCCUCUCUGUAGAAUGGAAGUUCAGGUUGUAAGAGAGCAGGAGCUGCAAUUUUUGCAUCUCUGUGGCUUGGGGAUUUGUCUGGUUGCAUUGGGAGAGUGGGUGCAGCACUGAAUGAAUGAAUGAAUGAAUCAAUCAAUCAAUCAAUCAAUGGGGAAAUGAAGAUUAUAAGGAACCGAUGCUAUCAAGCAUUUGCUGUCAGAGCCUUCAGCUUCUGAACUCACUUUGAGGAUACCGUUUGUCACACAAAGACACAGAGAUGUGUGGGGCACGAUUCAUGGACAAGCAGUACAAUCCUGAAUAAAUGGAUGAGAUUAAGACUCCAUCCAUACCUCGGUUUAUAGUGGAUUGUGAACCCUGUGUCACCAUUAAUUCCCCCUUGUCUAUGCGGUGUUCUCCUUCAACCACAGCUGCUUGAAUCCUGCUUGCAGGUUUCCCAGAAGAGACAUUUGGAUUAGAUGGGACAUUGCCCUGAACCACUAGGCUGGUCUCACGUUUAACAUCACCUGCCCACUGUGACCUCUAAUCUUUGUGAGGAGAUAAUUGAGACCAACACCUCCAUGCCUGUGUUCUUGACUUCUGAAAGGCACCCAGCUAAUUACUGUUCAUUCACUUUGGCCCAAUCCAAGAAGGCAGUUCCAGUUUCCUUAUUGGGCUGCCAGGUGAGGCAUUCCUUUCCUCGUGCUGUUUCUUAUGCCCUCCAUGUAAGAAAUAGCCUGUGUCUGCAGCCUCAAGGUUUCGGUAGCUGAAUCGCCUCUUGCGUCGUAGCCUGAAUCUGUCCUUGUCCCACAGGAGAUCCCCCACCUGUGAUGGCCAAGUCGUUGGAAGCCCAGACGGAAGAAAGAUUUGAGUGGAGCAGCCUGGAUGGUUGGCUUAGACACAGAGCUGACGAUGGGAUGCAGUCCCUCAGCAAAGGCACCCAGACAGAAGGUAACUCAAGGCGUUGCAACUGAUAUUAGCCGGGAAUAGCCACGCAAGCUGGGGUUAAUUCAGGGUGCAAGGGCUUCCUUUGGGCGGCUGACUCUUCCUUCCUAGGGAAGCAUGAGAAUCAUGUUUAUUAAGGGCAUAACCCUCUGAUGGAUGCUGUGCAAAAGAUGAAACAGGUCCCUGCCAGAAUGGCGCAACAGGUUCGGGGCAGGACAAAGCACAGACUUCAGUAAAUGAAAUAUUCACUUGCUGUUAAGCAAAGCAAACUUAUGCAUUUUUUUGCAGUAGGCCAAAGCCUGGACCCUCCUUCUGGUACAUGACAAAGACUUGGGAAGAGGGCUGUUGUGAUUGAAUCCUGCUUCCCAAAGGCAUCUGGUUGGCCGAUGAGAGAACAGGAGGUUGGAGCAGAUGGGCCGCUGGUCUGAUCCAGCAAGCUCUUCUGAUUUUCUUAUGCACUGCAAAGUGCGGGAAGACUGUUGCUUGACGCAAUGUUGUCUGCCCUCCCUGCAGACACGGCAGAAUGAGUUCUGGUUAAAUGUCGUAGUCUAUUAUUCCCUGCAAACAAAUCAUAUGCUCAGUAAACAAGUUGUCUGGAAGCGACCUUGAUCUUCAGAGAUGGAUCCUUGCAGAUCCAGAGUAAUUAAUUUUCCUUCAUUGCAGUGCUGCAGUGGAGGGAAGGGAGAGAGUUGACUCUUUCCUUUUGAUCUCCAAGGAUUGUGCCCAGUCUUAUUUGUGACGGUGCACAGAAGCGAUUCCUGUUAAACUCUGACUGUUCUAUAGGAGAUUGAAGGUGGUUUCUGACUCCCGGUAGUUUAAGAAUAGCAAGGAAACUUACAGGCAAAAUAAAUUAUCUGCCGUGUGCUUAUUUCUUAUCUUUCAGCUUCAAUGCUCUCCACCCAUCCAAUAACGAUAUUAAUUGGUUGCCUGUGCCUGUGCCCUUGAGCAGAUCUGCUGGCUGCUUGUAGGGUUUUAUGUGAGGGUCCCAGAUCUAUAGUGUAGCCUUCGCAACCUGGCACCCUCCAGAAACCUUGGACUACAACUCCCACCAGUUGUAGUCCAAAACAUCUGGAGGGCACCAGAUUGGGGAAGGCUGCUGUAGUAACUCAGACAUAGAUUUCGACUUGCAUAUCCCAGUGAAUGGCUCACUGGUGUGUGUGUGGGGAGUGGACUAGGCCAUUGGCCCCACCCCCUUUGAGCCUGCAUUUUGCACCUGGCGCCGGGGGAUAAACCUCGAGGGUUCUAAUAAGUGAUAAAAAUAGGUCUCGCAACUUGGAAGGCUGCCAGGCUGUGUGAAUCAGAAUGUGACCUCUUUCUCCCCGAGUGGCAAAGGGAACUGCUUCGGCCCUGGGAAGUGGAACUUUCUGGCAGUGCAUGAGAACGGAAGGAAGUGGGCCCCAGGCCUCUGAACUGGAACGUGAAGAGGAAGUGAAAGAGCUGGCAACCUUUUUGUGCCCCUCUUCUUUUUUUAGCAUGUCUGAGGGUCUUUUUGCUUGAGAGCCCACUUCUCUGCCAGAGACUUGUGGAUCCUUGCCACAUCUGGAGCCGGGGAAGGGCUAGGCUCUGUGCCUGCUACCAUAGGGUCUGGAAGAUAAAAGGUCUGCAGUCCCUUGUGCAGGUGCUGGCUGCAUUUUGCAUGUUUUUCUGCCUGUGAAACUCCCCCUCCUCUUCAUUGGUUGAGAGGAGGAAGAUGCAAGCAAGGCCUGGAGGAUAUGAAUGGCAAAAGACUUUAUUUUUAUUAUUCCAUUUCAUCUAUAUCCCACCUUUCCUCUAAGGCAAGGCAGCUUACAUAGUUCUCCCUCUUUCAUCUUCACAACAACCCUGUGAGGUAGGCUAGGCCCAACGUCACCCAGGGAGCUUUGUGUCUGAGUGGGGAUUUGAACCCUGGUUCCCAGGUCCUAGUCUGACACUAUAACCACUAAAUCACCUACUCUUAAGCAGACUUGGAACUCUUCCAUGAUUCCUGCAACUAUUCGGUGUUACACUAGGCUAUCUUAUUGCCAGGAGCUCUGCCUGGUCUCCUCUGCUUUCUUGCACCCACAACUGGCCCAGGAGAUAUUUUGCUGCCAGAGGUGAAGGGCCACCAUUCCAUCUUCAAAAGCCGACUGGAUUGGCACUUGAUUCUUCCUUUAGCACUAGCUCAUAGCUGUCCACUUUUCCCUUUUCUUGUGAGGAAUCCUAUUCAGAAUAAGGGAAUUUCCCUUGAAAAAAGGGAAAUGUUGACAGCUAUGCACUAGCUAUGGGGCAUCUUCAUUGCAUCUGAACUGAAAGCAGGAGGCUAGCUCAGGGUUUCUCCAGGAAUUGUGGUCCCCCCCAGGUGUAUUCUGCAACACAUCACUGAUGUAAAAAUAGUGCAUUUAGAGCGGAUUUAUACUGGACCGUCCAGACGUCAUUCCGCUUUGUUAGUUGCUCAGCGAUGCUUCUCCAAUGUUAUGCUAUCUGGAGGGUCACCCUUGCACCACAGCAAGACAAAAGGAGGACAAACAUGGCAGAACAUUUGCUGUACAAAAAGUUGCAGGAUUUCAGCUGCAGGCCAUGUGCUGCUUGGAAAUGAAGCAGCGUGCCUGCCCCGAAACCUUUGCAGGUGCAAACAGUAUUGAUGAUGGGGUUGCAAAUAACCACCGCUCAUACCAUCAUGAGCAGAAAUACUCUUGAAUGGACAAUACAAGGGGAUGUCAGGAGGGUCCUUGAGAAGCCCAGAGCAACCCAUGUAGCACACUUGGCUCAGACCGCCUUGUUUCCCUCGUUGUCUGAAGCGGCUGCUUCACUCCCUGAUGGUAGGGCCAGCCCUAUUCACACCACACCCUUUCCUGUUGUGUUUUCAACUGUGUCAGGCUGAACUGCACAGUUUCACAGGAAGCCAAAUGCUGUGCUGGUUUCUGCCCUGGCUUGCAGAGGGACAUCCCUGGCAGCAAGAGUGGGUUUUUAGGAAGAGGAAAGCAAGGUGUUGUUUGAAAUUGCAUCACAAUCGUGUGGGUUCCCUCGGGGCUUCUUCUGAUGUAAUGGGAACACUUUGAAAUGAUUCCUGCUGAUAACUGCAUGCAGAAAAUGUGACAUGUGUAUUGGAAAUGCUGGAAGCCAGAGAGCAAAAUGUAAGCUCGUCAUGAGAGAACAGAAAAUGCUCCGAUCUGAACCUGCGUGUGAAGGGUUUGCAGCUCCUCUUCAACUAUUUUUCCACCCAAAGAGCCCAAAGCCCAAGUGCCUUUUAUGAUGAUGGUUUAUUUAUUUAUUUCUUACUUAUACCCAGCCCAUCUGAGUGGGUUGCCCCAGCCAUUCUGGGCGGCUUCCAACAAAAACACAGGGGAAUAAAGGAGUCUAAAAGGAUAUUAAGCAGGUUAACUCCUGGGACUAAACACUCCUUCAGUUCAAGGCAGCUGACAAAAAUAAUAUAGGUGCCACACAAGACCUGUUCCACAUUUGUAAGAACUUGAUCUUUGGAACUUGCCACAUAUUGACAUCAGGCAGGCGACUUCACUAUGCUCUUUUCAGCGCCUGCUAAAAACAUUUUUGUUUAGACAGGCCUACCCAGAUGCCUAGAACACUGAUGUGUUUGUAGCUUAUUGCUGCUUCUAUUGUUUUUAGUUUAUUGUUGACUUUAUUGUUUUAAAUAGUUGUUUUAAUUAUUCUAUAAAAUUGUAUAUCCUUUUUGCAAACUGCUUUGAGUUUUUUUUAUAAUCAAGUGGUAUAUAAAUUUUAUGAAAUAAAUCAAUAAUAAAAAUACAGCAAAAACAAUCAAACUGUGUGGGGGAGAGAGAGGAAGGGAGGGAGGGAAGGAAGGAAGGGACAAGCAGCAGAUGAAAAGCCAGUGGAUCAUAAAAAUUAAACAAGCAGCACUUGCAAUAAAAAUCAGAGACAAUUCUAAGCCAGAAAAGGUACAACUAGCCUCUAAAGCAGGAUGACUAACUCUUUUCCAGGCAAGGGGGAUGCACUGACUUAUGGUCAACUUUCCUUGUGCCACUUUUUAAAGGGGGUAUAGUUGAAGUGCAAGAACAUGGGAGUGGGCAGUAAAAUAGGGAUUUUGAGAAUAUAAAUAUUGUUAUAUAAAAAUUGACAAAUUUUGGGGGCUCUUGGCGGUCAACUUUGGGCAGACCUUGCCCCUCCCCCCCAACCUUUUGGCAUCAUAGUGUUGCAGUGAAGGGACCUAGAGGCACAAUACAAAAAAAAGUUUCAAUUUGAGGAGGCCUUGAGGGCCCACAAAAAACCUUGGAGGUGGGAACUCACAUACAUAUCGGUUAGUUACCCUUGUGUUUUUUAUUGUGUGCUGAAAUGUCAACCUUCCUACUGCAAGGGAGUUGUUUGCGCUGCUAGUUUAGCUUAGCUGUUACUUGUAGCCUGUCGUAAUAAUAGAACACGCCUGUUAGUAACCUUAUGCAAACAGAUGCAUUCUGUGGAUCAGGAUAACAAGUAGAGAACGGCCGCUGUCUUUUCCACAUCUGCUUUUCAGUGAAGUUGCUGUGAUGUACUACUUGUUAUCUGUCUCUCUUUUGCCACAAGAGGGCAACCUCUGCUAUGUUAAUAGCAAUUGCUGGGCUUGAGUAUGGACCUGAAUGCAAGGCACCGUACCCUGUGUCCUCCUUCCAGAUGGAAUGUUUUUAAUGCUCAAGUGCAUCCUUUUAAUUUUUUGACGUUUCAGCCACGUGUACAGACAAUGAAGAUCGACAUUAUUUCCAGCCUAGAAGAGAUCAGGAUACAGUCUACAUGUUGAAGGUGGCUGAAAGGUAACUAGCAUAUGUAAAACUGAGGAAGGAAGAUGCCCCCAGUGUGAGAACAGGAUGCUGGAACUAGAUGGGCCUUUGGUCUGUUUCAUUAGAGAUGUCCUUCUGUCCAUUGGUCCAGCUAUCUCAGUAUUGCCUACACUGAUGCAGCGACUUUCCAGCGUUUCAAGCAGUGCUUUUUUCUGGGGGGGACGCAGGGGUACACAUAGUGUAGGGCCAUAGCAAACCCCCCCAAAUGCCGUCAGGAGAACAAGGCUGGCAUUGAUGGAACAGGCUCAAAUGUUUAUUAUUCAAGGUUCUAAAGAGAUAAGCAGACUCAGGAAUGCACAUUGCCGUGGUGUGGUGAGGCUGGUGGGGCCAUUGCAGGAAGGAAGGGGGGCAAGCCCAUGUAAGGACAUAGGAAGUUGCUAUAACUUUCGAUUUCCCAGAAAUCAGGUGGUACUGUAUUCUGCAAAUGUAUAAAAAGGGGGCGCACCCUGACUGGGGUGUGCAGAUUGCAAACUCAUUGCUCUGUACCUUUGUUCUGCAUAUGCAUUUCAAAUAAAUCCUGUUAAAUCCUGCAAGGUUGGUUGCCACUUCGUGUGAAUCUGUGCUCCGAGGACCCAAUAGCGGAUAUGGAAAAUGGCCAACAUUUCCCCUAAACAUUUUGUGAAUCUUUGUACUUUUGUCCAUUUACUGUUUUUAUUUUCCCCAAUUUGAACUAUAAAAUGGUGAUUUUCUUGAGUCGAGAGUACCCCUAAACAUUUUUUUAAGGAAAAAAAGCACUGGUUCCAGGCAAGAGUCCUUCCCAGCCCUACCUGUAGACUGAACCUGAGAUUUUUGGCAUGCAAAACAGGGUGCUGUGCCACUGACUUAUGCCCUUUAAAUAACAACCCUGAGCGCAGCCAUAGCCUAUUGCCUCUGGGAUGGUGUAUAAUGGCUCAGAAAGGAAGGAAAUCCCAGCAAAGCCUACUGUUCUUUCUUGCCAGGCUUUGAAGCUCUCUCUCUCUCUUUCCCCCCUCUCCCUCUUCCUUUGCCCCACAAUUUUGGACAGUGCUGAGAAGACGAUUCAGCAAGGCUUGAGAGAAUUAUUUGGUGCCCUGAAGAUCCUUGUUAAUGUACCCAUCAUUUUCACAGUAGAGUUGAUCCAUUUUCUCAACAAAUCCAUAUUCCAGGUGAGAGGACUCUACCUCAACUCUGCAUUGGCUCUUAAUUCAGAAAUGGGCAUUUCCUUGCCAAAAAGCCGGGGGGGGGGGUUAGGCAUAUGUUUUUGACUGCUUAGAAAUGUGAACCUUUCUUCUGCUUUCAACGGCUGCAUUUCCUCAGGGGUGAUUUCUUGGCAGCUGCACACUAGGUGAGGUCAGAGCAGUAGGUGGGUGGGACACUCUUCCUGCCCCCUACUUUCCUCUCCAGUUCUCUCCCCUUCUUGCUGCCACAUGAGAUUAGAUUGCCCACCUCUGGUUUAAAAAACACCUCUGUUUUAAGCAUAGAUUGUUAUGUAACAGAAUACUAAAUUUGGAUGUAUUCAGGAGCCAAGGACAUUCUCCUUCCACCACUGCAGCUUCUCAUUCUGCUUCACACAAAUAGGACAGGGGUCUCUCUCCCCCCAAGAUCUUUCCCAUCAUCCCUACUGUCUUCUGGUAUUUUCAUUUUCUUCCCCAUCCCAACAUAAGACUAAGAUCAGAGUAACCUUUUGGUUGAUCAAAUCAUCCUGAUUUGUUUGAAUUAUGUUUGCCAGGAGGUUAGAUGUCAGCUGCUCAUAUUUGUUUCAAUUACAAUGUACAUCAGGCAUUGAUCAUCCCAUGCUUUCCAGCACAUUUCCCCAUCACUUUCCAUACUGCAAAACUCAGGGUGGGGGAGCUCGGAUACAGGUUUGUUGCCCAAGAAUGCCAAAUCCAUGUUAAUGGUGAAGUGCCCAUGACUGAAUCCCAUCCACAAAACAGCAAGAGGUGCUUCUAGCCUUAAAGUAUUUUUAUUGCUUCUUUAUUUUCUCUGGCAGGAUUGCAGUGCCCAGUGACUUUGAAAUUAAACAUAAUGAAGUGGCCAUUAUGUAGUCUGAAAGUAUUUUUCGUUUCUUUUACAACUCAUUUUUCUACUAUCCAGGUAGUGUCCUUUACUGCCUUGAAAUUCAUAGUCUACUGUGAGAAUGAGUUUCAAAUGAGUAUACAACCAGAGUAAGAUUUAAAAACCCCUAAAGAACAAGGCUCCAAAGUGACUAGCUUCACCCCAUAUUCCACCAUGACCUCAAAUAUCUUGAGGUUUGCCAUCUCUCUGCCAAGUUUGGACUGCAAGGAGGGCCAUACGAAAAGGUCUUCUCAGAGGUGGCUUUUUCUAUAAAAUAGCUUUCUCCUGGAGACCCAAGUCUCUCCCAUGAACAAGGCAGCGUUUAAAUUUUUAUUUAGUUUAUGGUGGCCAGAAAGGAAAGUUUUUUGUUCUUUUCAUCUGUUACAAAUUCUAGGCUUUUAAUUAUUUUACUCCUUAUACCUAUGCUGUUUUGGAGGUUUUGAUACUUGACCCAUCUGUUGACACUCCUUGUUUUGGGACAUCUUUGAUGUGAUGCACAAGUGUCCAUUAGGUGAGGUAGGACAUGUGUGUCAAGGAUCCAGUCUUGAGGUAUUCAGUUGCACAGUUAAUGUCUUUUGCAAGAAACAGCUGCUUCUGACGGUGCCCUUCUCUUCAUUCAGGUGUUGGUGGUUGACCUCUUAACUACAAUGGGAGACAAAAUGCUGGAACCCUUCCUAGUUGCUUUGUUCAACAGCAUCCUGCAGCCCCUGCUGAAAUUCCUCCUGAAUGUCCUCUGCAGUAUCCGUAACCUCAGCUACCCUUUAUUGGACAUCCUGAAGGGCAUCUGUUUGCAGGUUGCUCUGGUGCUGCGAGCUUUCCGGUUGGUAGAAAUCAACAACCAUCAAAAUAAGUUGCUUGCUGAAAAGGUCUAGUGGAGAGGAACAACUAUCCAAAGUGGUGAUUGACACGACUGAGGGCAUCUGCAAUCAGUUUCCUUAACUAGCCUCUAGUUCGGGUGAGAACUGGGGAUGCUUUGUGGCUGGUUCCUCUGUUCAGGUCAGUGGUGCUCAACGUGUUACACUCACCUUCUAGGCUGAAAGCAAAGAGUAAGGUUACCCUAACUUCUGUCAUAGAGCUUCAAUAUACUGAUGACAACGUCGUAUGUGCACACUCAGAGGAUGACCUCCAAACCAUCCUAAAUAUCUUUGCAGAAGCUUAUGAAAAGCUUUGCAUAUUGUUCAACAUCCAAAAAAGCAAAGUGCUGCCCCAACAAGUGCAAAACAACCCCUCUGCAGUGCCACAAAUCCAACUCAACGGUGUAACAUUGGAAAGCGUCGAUCACCUCUCCUACCUUGGCAGUUAUCUUUCCACAAGGGCCGACACUGAUGCCGAAAUCAAGCAUCGUCUGAGCUCUGCGAGUGCAGCUUUCUCUUGAUUUGAAGCGCAGGGUUUGAGGACCAGAACAUUUAUCUUCAAGGAGAAAGUGUGCAAUUUGUGGGUGCUCUUAAAUUCAGCUUUGUCAUGGCAGGCACAAGUGUCCUUUGUGGUGUGGAACGCCUUUAAGCCAGUUUAGGUUGGUGUGCCAAAGAGGGCCAGAUUUGAUGACGUAAACACGUGUGAGGGCCAACCUUUUUUGUUGUUGAGCUUUUUUUUUAAGAUUGAAGUUGUUUUUAGGAUUUUACCCCAGGAGAUAGACUGCCACAGGGGCCGGAUUAGGCCCCCAAAGCAGACUUUGGACAUGCCUGUUAUACACAGUCCAAGACAGUUUCAGUUAUCCAUGCCAUGGGUUCCCUUCGGACUGGACUUCUGUAAUACAUGGGGCAGACAGGGAACAGCAUAUAAUGCAAAAUGCUGAGGUGAGUGUGCUAAGUGAGAUUAUGUAUCAGGAACAUAUGAUGCUAGUGCUAAAACAAGCUCCCAGGCUGUCUGGGGUGUGUGUUUUGUUCCUUUUGCCUUUGUGUGGCCACUGACAAGUAUUGCCUUCCCUUUUUCUUUUCAUGUUUGGAGAUAAUGGUUAAAAGCUUCAGCUGUAGCAGGCUCUGUGGAAAUAGGGAGACACAAGUGUACCUGUAACUUCAGAAGGAUAGUCAAGACUUUCUUUGGGUUUUAAUCAUUUAUAAUGAUAUAUAUUUUGUGGACCCUUCCAUCAAAUGGGAGGUCAGCAACCUCUUGAAGAAAGACAGUGUGGGAUUCUUCUGAGAUAUUGAACAUUAAGUGCAUCUAGAACUUUAUCCCUUGGUGAAGCUGUAUUUGCAAAAUAAAUUGCUUUAAAGUAGCUCGGCCAAGAUGCAUAUUUUCCUACUCCCUUGGAAGAGAUCUUUAAAGUUCUCACCCGUGUUCACAAUUUUCCCACACAACCAUGUGACCUGCAAAUGUAUGCAAGGAAUAAGGAAAUCAGCUCAGAGUUGUAUUUAAAAUGCAGAUAUAUUUUAAAGGUUGGUGUCCAAUAAUAUCUUAAGGGCUUUUACAAGGACAGGAAGGAACACCACGGACAGAAAAAAAUGUCACACACAGGGGGAAUAAGGAUAUAGUUUGAAUGUUUUGAAGGGACAGGAUACCCAAAUCCUGUCUGUGAAAUCACCCCAGGCUUCAAUAAUCACCCCAGGCCUCAAAACUGUCCAAAAUUCCCUUUCUCUCUCCUAAAAUCCACAGCUACAGCUUUUCUGUGGAUUCUCACAAGAUCCUGUUCCAAAGGCAAAAUGUUAUUCUUUUAUCAGCACGAGAAGGCUUCAAAAAGCUAAUGAAUAGGCUCUGUUCAAAGCAGGCCUGAGAACUGAAUCUUAUCUCAUUCAGUUGCAACAUCUUUGGACAUGCUGAACCGCUUUCAUUCCCCUUUUCCUGGGAAGGGUGCCAAGAGUCCACAAUAGUCCCAAGAGAGCUUUCUGUUCAUGCUCAGAGGAACUCAUGGGGCAGGACUCUGGAAGAAGGAGGAGAAAGGGGGAGGGAACUGGAAGGGGAUAUAUACUCUGUGCACAUGACUGUGAACUCAUGCAUGCUUUUUGUGAGUUAUCACACUUGCUCCUUCUACCAGUUCAUGGAUGGUAGAAAUAAAGCUUUUUCUCUGAAACUAUUCCUUGAGUGUCUGUUGACUCCCAUUUUCCCUUUCCCGGGCGCAAUAUUUUUCCCACCCGAGGGCAAAGCCUCAUAAGGCUACAGUUUCACCUAUAGAUUUAUAAUGUGUUAAUUUUGAAUGGAUGUUGUUAAUACGAAAUUGUAAUUGCAAAUGUCAUUGAGAUGAGUAAGCUUUUGGAACACAGAAACAAAGUAAAUAACCAAACCAUCAAUUCUAGCAUGUGGGAGGCCACCUGAAUUAUAUAAUUUGGCAUCUGAAUGAUUGGGAUUAGCAAUUGUAUUAUAAUUUGGCAUUGUUAUAAUGAGGCUACUAUUGGAUUUUUGUAAAAGAAAACUACGUAAUAAGAUAUUUCCCCCCCCAACAAUAAUUUUUAAGGGCCACAGCAGGUUCCCCAUCGCUUGGUUAAAAACGUGAGGCAGCAAGGGCGAUCCUAUGCAUGUCUACUCAGGAGUAAGUCCCCUUCAGUUUAGUGAUACCUCCUAGAAGAGGAGCCUAAAUUAUUGCCAUUGAGUUAUGGCAUUGUUGUUGUUCACUCAGGAAUACCCCAGAUGGGCGGGGUAUAAAUAAUAAAUUAUUAUUAAGUUAUUAUUAUUAUUAUAGCUCACCACCCUCACAUUUCCAUUUUUACUUGAAAUCUGUAUUUACCACGAUGGCAAAUGCAGUGCAAAAAGAACUGGAGACCCACGUUUGGGAAACUACUCUUGAGGAGCCCUUUCCUGGCGGGAAAAACCAACUCGCCUCAGCGCCUCCCGCUUUUCCCGCCUUUUCCAACGGCCGCCCGCUCGCUCGCCUCCCUCACGCGCCCAUUUCCCGCUCGGCGCAUGCGCGCGCGGAGGGCCGGCUUCGGAAGAGGGCGGCUCAGCGUGUCUCCGUGCGUAGCCGGAGCGCGCGCGCCGUGAGGACGUGGCGCUUUCCAGCCAAUCCGCUCCCAGCCGCUUCCUCUUCGGCUCCUCCCACCCACUCCGCCUCGCCCAGCUUCGGUCCGCUAAGGGAAGGGAGGAGGGAUGGGGAAGGCGGGGCGUAAGCAGCCGCGAAGGCCAAUGGUAAAGCCGCGAGGGAAGGACGGCGGCUUCUGAUUGGUGUGCAGGGCCAGGAGGAGGCGGGGCGUGGGGCGGGGAGGGUUGGCCUUUGGCGCGGCCGUUUCCGGUCGUCGUGAGGGGGAGAAGCCGAGGCGGCGGCGGCCACGGCGGCAGGAGAGGGAAGGUAACGGGGCCAGCUCGGGAGCGGCUAAAGCGGGGAGGCGCGCUCACACGAGCACGUGCUCCUCCAGAGGAGGGGGGGUGUCGCAGUUCUGACCCGGAGCCGCUUCUGACCCGGGUUCAGAUUCACGUGUGAAUGCGACCGGGGAUGGUCUAGGAAAGCGAGAGGGUUUCUUCCGGGGAAACAAAAGGCUCCCAAGUGCCGAGGAGUGCAGACGUGCCUCCUUCGGCCCCUUAUGAUCGCCUUCCGACGGCCUGGGGACUUGCGUGUUUAAGCGCAGGGGCACGGAAAUAGGGUCAGACCCGGGGGCCACCGAGGCCCACGUCUUGUUUUGCUAUCCAGUGGUCGUCUCUCUCUCUCUCUGCCUGGUGGUCAGCUGCUGUGGCCCGUUUUGUUCUGUAUUUGUAUUAUUAUUAUUAUUUAUUCUGCAAACCACGCUGUGAUCUUCGGAUGAAAGGCGGCAUAUAAAUUUAAUAAACAGCAAUAACUGGGCAGUCCGCCAGCGGGGCCUCCCUUGACGUUUUCGCCACCCGAUGGAAGUCGUAGCCCAGAACGACUGGAGGGCGCCAGGCUGGGGAAGCUGCUCUACGGCGCCCUUAGGUGUCAAUUCUUUUGUCCGCCUGUCAAUUUGCCCAUCAGUCAGGAUUCACUCCACCCUCUAAUUUGGUGAUCAGCUUCAUCCUGCCUCUGGGCUUCGCAAUUGUGAUAGACCUGACUCGAGUAGUCUUUACUAACCAUUUUUAAAAGGGCUUUUCUUUUUAAGGUAAAACGCAGCAAAUUUAUUAAGUUGCUUACAGUUUAUGAAGCAACCUUUUCUUGGUUCUGAACCUCCUGUUGAUCAGUUUGAUCGUGACUUCACUGAGUGUUUUCUUCCCCUAUGCAUUAAAAAAAUAUACAACAUACAUAUGUAUACAGACACAAAGAAAGAGAGGAACAUGUAAUAAAUAAACAAAUUAAUUUAUCUUCCGUGAGGUUCUGUCAACUCUUACUAGCCACAGCGGCUAUGUAUUGCUUCCACUGUUGCAGGCAGUAUGCCUCUGAAUACCAGUUGCUGCGAUUAAAAAGUGAGGAGCGUUCAGGUUGCCCACACUUAAUUUUCCUUGGCUCUUACCAGGCAGGUCCACGCUUUAAAGCUCUAUCUGAGCCCACCCACUCCCUUUUUGCCACAGUUUUUCCCCCUGAGGAAACCCACUCUUUAAAGCUCAAUUGGAGCAAACAGCAAUGCACAGAAAACCCCAAUUGACAUUAUGGACUCUCAUGGAGCACUAAAAAGGGUGUGUGUUUUUGCAGGAAAAAGUCCUGUACCUGGAAAGAAUGGGGCAAAAGCUAAGUGUGGAUAAGCCCUAACUGUUGUACAGCCCUAACUGUUCAUCCACCUCUAGUCUGUCUCUGUGAGAACGGGAUGCUGGACUUUAGCCUCAUCCAUUAAACUGGAUUUUCUUAUGUUUAACCUUCAUUGUAUAAUUACAGACCAUUGGCUCAUGUAGUCCUGUGUACAGUAUUGUUCACUAUGAAUGGCAGAGGGUUUCCUGGCUCUCCUUCCCUGAGACACCCCCAAAUUGGGCAUUGAAUCUUGGACCCUGGGCACUCAGUGUACUCUGUCAUUGAGGUACAAGCUCUUCCCUGAUGCUUUGGGGUGUUUCGAAAGAUACAGAACAGUUGAUGAAUUAGACAAGGAACAACCCAGUGAUAACUUGGAAUUCAAGGACAGUUUGUUUUGAAGCAAGCAUACAGUAAGCAUAUAGGAACGUCUCUUACCGGGUUUUUCUAAUUGUCCAUCUAGUUCACAUUUUUGUUUGGGCACGAUGUGAAAGUUACAGCUACCGAAUGUUGGUUGGCUUUUUUAUUGGAUUGAGGUCCAGCUCUGAGGCCCUUCUGGUGGUUCCCUCACUGCAAGAAGCAAAGCUACAGGGAACCAGGCAGAGGGCCUUCUCCGUGGUGGCGCCCUCCCUGUGGAACGCCCUCCCACCAGAUGUCAAGGAGAUAAACAACUACCUGACUUUUAGAAGACAGCUGAAGGCAGCCCAGUUUAGGGAAGUUUUUAAGGUUUAAUGCUGUAUUGUGUUUUUAAUAUUCAGUUGGGAGACGCCCAGAGUGGCUGGGGAAACCCAGCCAGACGUACGGAGUUUAAAUAGAUAAUUAUAUUUAUUAGUUUGUUAUAGCUAACAUGGCUGCUCUUCUAGAACAUAUACUGUACAUUGGAAGAUGCUGAUCCUGGGGUACUGCUGUUUUACUGUUUUUAUUCUAUGACUUCCACUCUGGAAGCACCAGGUGGUGGGGUGUGUCUGUGUGAUCUUUUGGAACUGGAGUGAGCAACCUGUGAUCUUUCAUCAUUGACCAUUCCGGCUUUGGAUGCUAGGGACUGGUGUGCAACAAGAUAAUUAAGAGAGCUUGGGGAUCUCCACUCCUGAGUUAAAAGAACUUAAAUUCAAUUCACACAUUUUAAACACUUUCACGCCUGCUGUGUCCCUGGCAUGGGAAACAGGGAAUGAGAGAGGAAGUGCCACUGAACGGAGCAACAUUUCCAAAGCACUUGUGUUGUGGUAUAACACUGGUGCUCUGCUCAUCGUAAUACACUGUGUGCAGUUUUCACCUGGACUGACUGGCUGGCAUGGAUUGAUCACCUGCACAAACCUUUGUUAUUAUUUCUCUGACAGUAGCCAGCUGUUUAUCUGGGUGUGAAGGUAAUGGUCUUCUCUAGCAUUCAUUCACAGUAGAUUUAAGAUUACAAAUAGCAACACAUUCGUACUUGCUACGCAAUCAAGGACACUGUAACAUCACCUUCCCCAACCUGGUGUCCUCCAGAUGUUCUGGACUACAACUCCCAUUGACUGAGGCUGAUGGAAGUUGUAUUCCAAAACAUCUGGAUGGGGAAGGCUUCUCUCUUAACACCAUGUAUGUGAGAUCCCAUACUCUGUAUUAGUCUGAUGUAACAAAUUCUCUGGUUUUGUACUCUGAGUCACUAAGAGGUUAUAAGGCUAUUUUCAUCCAUAAAUGUGCAAUCAGUGGGUGUAAAAAUCCACGCUUUGAUAAAGGUAGCUUGCUUAUGUUAAGCGACUCUGUGUGGUCUAAGCUGUUUCAAAAGUAGUUGCCCUGAAUUAUUCCCAUGUUUAGCAGUUGUCCGUAUGAUAGCAUUGCUUGCUAUUUUAAGGUCACUCUCAGGCCCCUGUACAUUGUACACAUUGUUGGCAAUUGUGAAUGACCACCACAUCUGGAUAUAUGUUGGGCAAUCAGGCUGUUGCUUAGAUGUAUUUGAUUCAAGAUGGGAGAAGCAGGUUGCUUGCUGGUAGUAUUUUGAGUGCUGUUGGGGGUUUCUUGUGCUCUGGUAACUUUACUUGAAUGAAGUAAAUGAAUUUACUUAAGCAUUUAUAUGAAUGAAGUUAUUGAAAGUUUGUUUAAGAAUACUUUCCUUAAAAUGUCGCCCAGUCAUUACUGGAAUAUUAAUUGAUCAGAAACGGUUUUAUGAUUUUCAGAGUCUGUGUUGUUGGUAUUUUGUCCCAUUUUAUUUUAUUGUACAACACUUCAAAUGCCCCUGGCUGUGGAGCAACUUAAAAAUCUGAAUGAUAAUACUACACAUACAGGAUUUUUGUGUGAGGCUAAAGCAUUUGAUGCUAGUUCUUUAAAAUUAUAUAUGCAUCCUCCUGGUGCCUAGAUAUCCGAGAUGGUUUUCCAGCCCCAGGCAGGAGGCCAGCUUCUCUCGGACAGAGGCCUUUUUAAGUGUCUGGAGUGUCAUGCCACAUAUAGAUAGCUCAGCUGAUGAAGUUACCUCCAGUUAGCCUCCAGUGUUAGAAACUCAGAUAUAUAAGCUAGGCACCAAAUAGCUCCUUAAACCAGGGUUACAGUCACCAGAACUGAAUGCCUAGUUGCCUUAUUUUGGCCCAGAUGGCUCAAAAGUUAUAUUUUUCAAUACGACUUUUUGGUUCCUGAAAUUCAUCCUGAUUUUGCAGAAAAAAUAUAACAGAAUUCUACAGAUACUAGUGUAUGAAAACAGUCCCGAUCCAAAGAUCCCCAGGCAUGCACCUCCAGAUGGUGGAGACAUCGGGCGCCAUUGGAGCAUCUUCACUUGGUCGCAAGAGGCCAACAGCUGGGUGCAAAAUGUGCCUGGCGCCUAGCAAAUUUCGAUUGCUGCCUGGUAGACUCUUUCAGUACACCAGAAGAGCCCUUCUGGAUCAGAUAGACCAAAGACCCGUUCAGUUCUCACAGUUCUAAUUAGAUGCUUCAGGGAAGGCUACAAGAGAUCAAUAUCUAUAUGGCUGCUGGAUAAGGCACUGUUAGCUGAACUCUGAAAGCUUGACCUCCGGCAAUGCACACCAAUUUUAGUUGAGUGGGCCAAUUUCCCAUCCUUAAAUUGCACCAGUUUUUGUAUGCUGUUGUGUGUGCUCACUGAGAGGAUUACCACGCUGCAAUUCUCCCGCAAGCCAGGUUUAUGUGUGCUGCCUGUCAAAACUGUUUCUUUAAAUACUGUACAAGCCUCCAAUCUACUAUGUCACGAUGGGUUUGGAGCAUGUAACAUGACAAUUGCCACAGCGUGUCUGCCCAUCUUUGAGAUAAGAGAUGCAAAAAGCUUCUGCAUCUUGCUUUGUAUAGUGAUUAUCCUCCAAUCACUCUGCUCCCCCCCAAAAAACCCCCUAUCAACGACCUGUUUUCCGUGUCCCUUAGAAUCCCCUCCUUUUUGUGUCAUAGCUCAAAAUGAUGGGUUUUGGGGACAGAAAAUUCAAGGUGCAGGCACAUUGCAAAUUGGAUGUGCGAUUGAGAUUGCUGUCUCCUGUUCUGGACUGUGCUUUAUAGCUCAUGGAUAUAAACAGCUCAUUGUGUGAGAUACUUGGAGGAACAGGCAAUUUGCUUAAGGCAUGUGUUUGUGUGCUGGUCUAAUAUGUUGUGGUUUUAACAGCCAGAAUAGUCCUAAUACCUUGGAAAAAAGGAAUUGGAAGUAGGAGUAAGCCAGUUGGAGUCCUCAGCCGGUUUUAGGCAGCGUAGAUUUUUUUUUUAACAGAACAACUGACUUUUCAGAAUAAAGAAAUGUAAAAUUGGAUUUACAGAUGCAUGCCAGUUUUUAAUAAUGUUGUUGUUUAGUCGUUUAGUCGUGUCCGCCUCUUCGUGACCCCCUGGACCAGAGCACGGCAGGCACUCCUGUCUUCCACUGCCUCCCGCAGUUUGGUCAAACUCAUGUUCGUAGCUUCGAGAACACUGUCCCACCAUCUGGUCCUCUGUCGUCCCCUUCUCCUUGUGCCCUCCAUCUUUCCCAACAUCAGGGUCUUUUCCAGGGAGUCUUCUCUUCUCAUGAGGUGGCCAAAGUCUUGGAGCCUCAGCUUCAGGAUCUGUCCUCCCAGUGAGCACUCAGGGCUGAUUUCCUUCAGAAUGGAGAGGUUUGAUCUUCUUGCAGUCCAUGGGACUCUCAAGAGUCUCCUCCAGCACCAGAAUUCAAAAGCAUCCAUUCUUUGGCGAUCAGCCUUCUUUAUGGUCCAGCUCUCGCUUCCAUACAUCACUACUGGGAAAACCAUAGCUUGAACUAUACAAACCUUUGUUGGCAAGGUGAUGUCUCUGCUUUUUAAUAUGCUGUCUAGGUUUGUCAUUGCUUUUAAUAAUAGCAUGUUUUAAAAAUGAAAUCUGGCCUUAAUGUGAGCAUAAUGGGUUGUAUCCAAUGCCCUGUGCGCAUAGUUCUGCGGGAACUUCCAUUCCCUCUCCUCCCUCUGCGCACCCCCAAAAUCUGCUCCCUCAACCCUUUGUAGCUGAUUUUGAGGGUGGGUGGGAAAGGGAAAGGGGAGAGAAAGCUUUGUUGUGUGCCACAACAAAGGGACGUCAGUUGUGCCAGCGCAGCUCGUAAACCUUUUGAACUCGACUUCUGACCCUCUUGUGAAGUCAUUUGUUUCAUACAAAUAGAUUGGGGGGGGGCUGUAUGCAUGAUGCAAAUGGGUGUAACUCUGAUGCAGUUUGACAAGCUCGUGAGCAUUAUCUAAUGCUCUAACAAAGUCAAUAAAAGGAUAUCAUAUUGUAUAGUUGUGAAUCUUUCUCCUCCCAGAUCGAUAUUUCUUUGGUGAAAUAGUCAAUUUGUCCAUAAGCACAGUGUCUCAUACUUUCAAAAUACAGGCUUCUAAAAGAUUUGCAUUUAAAGUUUUCCAAAAGAAUUUUGCAUUCACUAAUCUAGCUGCAGUUAAUAAAUGGAAGGUUGGGUAUUUAUUGGUUAUGUUCUUAAUAUGAGGAGUAAAAUAAGAUAGCAGAGCUACUUUUGUGUCUGGUUGUACCAAUUGUCCCAUCAUUUGAUUAAUUGUUUGAAAAAGCUUUUCCCCCAAAGGGAAUAAUCUUUGGGCAAAACCACCCUGUGUACUAGGGAGCCAUGUAAAUUUCAUUUCUGCCAGCCAAGGUUAGAUGUGUUACGAUUAAUUCUAUAUAUAAUUGUUGUGCUCCUUGCAAUAAAGUCGGCUAAUUAUAAAUGGACUUCUGUGUAACACCUUGACUUUAAGUUGUCAUUAAUGGGAAAGCAAAGCUCGCUUGGAUACGAGUAGCCAAUUCACGAGGAAAUUAUGUUUGGAGAGGUGUUUUGGGCACGUUCGGUUGCAGGCCCCGGCGCCAGUGGUGUAUGCCUGGAAGGCAAGUUUAACAAGAGACUUUCAUUGUUGGCAAAAUAUCACUGAUGUUCGCCACUUCAGUAUGCGUAGGAAUAGGCCUGGCUGUUUUGCCAGAAAAGUUCCUGGCUGAUUCUGCUUUCUAUCCCCAGGCAAUGCCAUAACACACUUGGCCCCUUGUAAACGGAAGUGUUUGUGUGUGUCGUGGGAGCUUGCCUGGGCUUGUAGAAGGCUGAAAAGUCUUGACCAGUGUAACUUUCAUGAGAUUUUAUGAACUAAGGGAGAAAGCGUGUUUGUCAAAAUGAGUGUGAGUUUGCAUCAGAAAGGGUAUGUCACAGGAUCAGGGUCACAAAAAGAUAACCAGAAACGCCUGGAGGACAUGGGAACACUAAAAUGUAUUGGAUAUUCUACUCCAAGUAAACCCGUUGAAAGUGAUAGAUGUGAUUUACUUAGGUCCAUUAAAUUUAAUGCAGUGGUGGCCAAACUGGACCCUCCAGCUGUUUUGGGACUACAACUCUCAUCAUCUUUAGCUAGUGGGACCAGUGGUCAGGGAUGAUGGGAUUUGUAGUCCCAAAACAGCUGGAGGGCCAAGUUUGGCCAUCACUGAUUUAAUGGGUCCGCUACUCUUAAGUAAAACCUGGUUGCACGCAAGCUAUUUUUGUGUCAGGUAAGGAGAAAUUUCAUUGUUUUCAUUAAAUCUGUUCUAUGUUGUUAGCAGUUCUUGUUUUUAUCUGUAAGCCACCUUGAGUCCUGUUAGGGAAAAAGAUGGGUGAUGAUGAUAGAGUGGAGUGUAAGGUGGUGACUGUGGUCCAAGGAAAGGCAGGGCAGCAGAGUUUUGAGUUCUGCAGAGCUCCAGGUCAGUGAAAGUUGUGAAUGGUGUGCUCCAUGCAUUUGGGUUGGUCUUGGUUUCUGGGCGUAAUUUGUGCUGUCCAUCAGGAGAGUGGAGCCAUCUUUCUGUAAGUCACUGAGGAGGUGCUUCCUCUGAAGUCCAAUGUGCGUGCAGGGACAAACCGCUCUCCCACUACCUCAGCAACCAUAUUCAGAAAUGGAGGAUGCAUACCAGGUCCUAGAUUGAAUCCCUGGCCUUUCCAAUUGCAGAAUUGUAAGUCGCAGAGAAAAGGGACGUGGGUGGUGCUGUGGGUUAAACCGCAGAGCCUACGGCUUGCCGACCAGAAGGUCAGCGGUUCGAAUCCCCAUGACGAGGUGAGCUCCCAUUUCUCGGUCCCUGCUCCUGCCAACCUAGCAGUUCGAAAGCACAUCAAAGUGCAAGUAGAUCAAUAGGUACCGCUCCGGUGGGAAGGUAAACAGCGUUUCCGUGUGCUGCUCUGGUUCGCCAGAAGCGGCUUAGUCCUGCUGGCCACAUGACCCGGAAGCUGUACGCCGGCUCCCUCAGCCAAUAAAGCGAGAUGAGCGCCACAACCCCAUAGUCGGCCACGACUGGACCUAAUGGUCAGGGGUCCCUUUACCUUUAAGUCGCAGGCAAAUGCACCUUUGCCUGAGAUUCUAGAGAGCCACUGCUAAGCCAAUGUUGGCAAGUACUGAACAGGAGCAGCAAACUGACUCUGUACAUUAGGCAGAAGAGACAUCUUACGUAAUGUGUCCUCGCUGGAAUGCUUAGCCCACAGGGCCAGAUAAAACUGAAAUUGGACUUUCAGACUUCUCUGAAAAAUAUUUUACAUUACUAGGGAGCCAGCCCCCUGAGACCUUCCGGCCCUGUUUCUUUCAGAUUAAAAGACUGCUUGGGUUGCAGUGAGGCAUGCGCAGAGGUUUCUCACGUUAGUAUUCCUUGCGUCAAUUCCACACAGGCCUUCAUGAAGUAUUGUGGUGGCUCAUUCUGGAACAGGGGAGCUAUAGGGAGCCCUGUGGCCAAUGCAGAGCUAGCUCCGCAGCUAUCCGAAGGGUGGUGGUGGAGGAAGAUGAUGUGCUAUAAAUAGUUAAAAGUCUUGCUGCUGGAAUGCAAGUUGCACAGAACCCCUUCGAGCGCAUCGCGUGCAUAUAAUAUAUAUGAUGGCUUUGGCGGCAGGGAGGGGCUUGAAUCUCUUCCCCCAGAAUCUUAAGCAUUUGCCAAAACAGCUUGGUGACUCUGAUCCCCUCCUCUCUUUUCCCUGUGAUGUGAUUUUUCUCCCUGGGCUGGGUGAGACUAUAAAUUGUGUAUCUCUUUACGCAUGGAGCUGUUGAAAUUCCAUAACAGUGAGCAAAUUCUGUACUGCCACAGUGUUUUGUAGUUGGCAGGAAAACACUCCCCUUCCGUUCUCAGAGAGGUCUUGCCUGAUGACAUUUUUAUUAUCAUUUUAGGUUAGGUGAGCAUAUCCUAGCUGCUGUAGGUAUGCCACAAAAAGAGGAGAUUGUUGUUAUUAGUGUUCUUCAUUGUGGAAUCCUCCUUCAAGAUGGAAUUUCACAACAUUGCAGAGGGAGUUCUUCUUAAGCCUAAAAAAGAACGUAACACAGCACCAGCAUUGAAUUCCAAAAGGGCUUCUUGCUCAGUUGUGCUGAAUACUUUCCUGAAGCUUAUGAAUCUGCAAGCAAACCCUCCAUAGGCUGUACACCUAUGAUGCUAUGGUAGAUUAAAGAAAUGAGCAUUAAACAGCAGCAUGCCAUGUGCGGAGAAGUCACAGGCUACUCUAGAUGCUGCAAACAUUCUUACUAGGUGUGGGCCAAGGAUACAUGGAGUCCACUCAAACACAUGCUGAAAGUGUAAAGCAGGGGUCAGCAAACUUUUUCAGCAGGGGGCCAGUCCACUGUCCCUCAGACCUUGGGGGGGGGGGCGGACUAUAUUUUUUGUGGAAAAAUGAACGAAUUCCGAUGCCCCACAAAUAACCCAGAGAUGCAUUUUAAAUAAUAGGACACAUUCUACUCAUGUAAAAACACACUGAUUCCCGGACUGUCCGCGGGCCGGAUUGAGAAGGCAAUUGGGCCGGAUCCGGCCCCCGGGCCUUAGGUUGCCUACCCAUGGUGUAAAGAAAAGAAAGGCACUUUCUAUCAUAUGUGGUGGUCCUGUAAAAUUCUUCUGGGAAAUGCUUUAUAAUGAAUUGAAGAAAAAGUUUAAGAUAACCUUUACUAAAAAACCGGAAGGACCUUAAAAAUUUGCUCUUGUAUGCCACAACCGCAGCCAGAAUGGUGUUUGCCCAGAAGUGGAAAUAAGAUGCUAUACCAACUAAGGAAGAGUGGCUGAUUAAAUUGAUGGACUAUGCCAAAUGGCAAAACUGAUGGGUGUAAUAUGAAACCAGGGGGGGGGGGCAUGAUUAAAGAAUGGGAAAAUUUGUAGAAUAUCUGAAAGGUUCGGGGAUGCAAAUAAGUUCAUUAGUAGGAUUAACUUAAAUCAAACAGUUAAAAAUAUAACCAAGAUAAAAGGAAGAAAAAAUGGAGUAAAGUGUUAAAAAUCUAAAGUAGAAAAGGAAACACAAAAGGGGGGUGGGAGUGAAGUCAUAUAUGUACCGUAAUUGUAUUCAAAAUACCGUAUUUUUUGCUCUAUAAGACUCACUUUUUCCCUCCUAAAAAGUAAGGGGGAAAGUGUGUGUGUCUUAUGGAGCGAAUGCAGGCUGCGCAGCUAUCCCAGAAGCCAGAACAGCAGGAGGGAUUGCUGCUUUCACUGCGCAGCGAUCCCUCUUGCUGUUCUGGCUUCUGAGAUUCAGAAUAUUUUUUUUCUUGUUUUUCUCCUCCAAAAACUAGGUGCGUCUUGUGGUCCGGUGCGUCUUAUAGAGCGAAAAAUACGGUAUGUGUUUGUAAGGUGUACUUGUAAUCAUGUGAAAUCAUGUUUGUAAGGUGUACUUGUAAUCAUGAUAAUAUAUGAUACAGGGAGUCCAGGAAGGCAGAACUGGAAAGAAACUGAGGCAAUGAAUGGAUUAUGGAGGAGGCAGAGUUGAGGGAAGGAGGGGCCGAUAAAAAAGCACCCGUGUCUUUAUUCUGUGUCCCUGCUUCUUUCUGUCCUCUGCCUCCUUCAGUUUCCACCUGUCAGCCAGUGCCGUAUCCUUAGAAUCAUAGAAUUGUAGAGUUGGAAUGGUCCACAGGGUCAUCUAGUCCAACCCCCUGCAAUACAGGGAUCUUUUUCCCAACGUGGGGCUCGAACCCACAACACUGAGAUUAAGGAGUCACAUGCUCUGCUAACGGAGCUACCUUCCUUCCCUCCGCUCAGCCUUUGCCAAUCUAGUGACCUCCAGGUGUUUUGGACUACAACAUCUAUCAACUCCAGCCUGCUGAUGGCAAAGGCUGCUUUUGCAAGCCUGUAUCUUCCUCCUUCCUGCUCCCUUGUCCUAAUGGAGGGUCACCUGGGACCCUGGGGCAGAGGAGCUGUGUGCAGUUUGCAGCAGAGGGGUGGAUGAAUAAGGGAGCUUCUGGAGGCAUGAAGCUUUGGGGACAGCAUUGUCAAAAGAGGUGUGGCAUGUGGGGAGUGAAAUUCACAUUGUUCAGAAUGAACUAGCCAAGUCUUUGGCUGCAGUUCUCUAGUUCUGAACACCUACACAGCCACGACUUCCGUUCUUUGUAGUUUCAAAAUAGCCUGUUGUGUGGUCAGUUACAUUUAGCUUAACCCAACGUAUUAGUGUGUGCCUGGCUAGUUGUUGAUGCCUCUACACCAUGAGAAAAUAAUAGCCUCAGGGUUCGUAUGGGCACAGUCAACAUGGUGAUCACAAAUGCCAUCACUUCUUGCUAAUUAAGACGAGUGGCAUCAGGCAGCCAGCUAAUUAUAACGUUCUUUUUCUGCAGUUGGAAGUAUCUAGCAGAAGGGCAAUUGUGUGGCGUGACUGAUGGUGCCCACGGGAAGCCUGAAGACCUUCAGCUUCAAACAAGCUAACUCUUGCCCCUGUGUUUAAUUUCCCAAGGAUAUCACCAUGGUUGUGGCUGUUCGGCAGGUCGUUUUGUACCUGUCCCUGUGGACCGCCUGCGUUCUGAGCAAACCCACCGAGAAGAAGGAUCGCAUCCACCACGAACCUCAGCUCAGCGACAAGGUCCAUGAUGAUGCACAGAACUUCGACUAUGACCACGAUGCCUUCCUGGGUGCAGAUGAGGCCAAGACCUUUGACCAGCUGACGCCGGAAGAGAGCAAGGAGAGGCUGGGGUAAGGAAACCUUGAUGGUUUUCACAUCGGAAGGCUGCUUGGGGGUGACUCAAAUCCACUGCAGCCUGUUGUGUGCCUUCCCCACAAGCCAGCUCCCAUGGGGCUCUGAUGCACAGACCAGCUAAGCAACUGUCCUUGCCUUUAGACCAUGGGUAGGGAGCCUGUAGCCUUCCAGGUAUUGUGGAAUUCCCACCUUUUACCAUGCUACCUGCAGCUGGUGGAUGUUGGAGCCCAACCGCACCUGAAAAUCCUCAAGUUACCCAUUCCUCCUUUAGACAGACUUGCAGCCCAAAGCUAGCGACUUUUUCUCAGGAGUAAGCUGGCAUGAAUUAAACGGAAAUUAUUCCCAGGUCAGUAUCUACAGAGUUACGGCAGGUGUGAGGAGCCUUUGACCUAGAUAUUGCUGAACAACAACUCCCAUCAUCCUUGGCCAUCAGCCACGCUUUCUGGUACUGAUGGGAGUUGUAGUUCAGGAACACCUGGAAGGCCAAAGAUUUCAUUGAAAUCUGUGCAGGUGCAUCUUGUUAUUAAGUGCCCCUUAAGUUGCUGAUUGGGACGCAGGUGGCGCUGUGGGUUAAACCACAGAGCCUAGGGCUUGCCGAUCAGAAGGUCGGCGGUUCGAAUCCCCGCGAUGAGGUGAGCUCUCCUUGCUCGGUCCCUGCUCCUGCCAACCUAGCAGCUUGAAAGCACAAAGUGCAAGUAGAUAAAUAGGUACUGCUCCAGCGGGAAGGUAAACGGCGUUUCCGUGCGCUGCUCUGGUUUGCCAGAAGCGGCUUAAUCAUGCUGGCCACAUGACCCGGAAGCUGUAUGCCGGCUCCCUCGGCCUCUAGAGCGAGAUGAGCGCCGCAACCCCAGAAUCGGCCACGACUGGACCUAAUGGUCAGGGGUCCCUUUACCUUUUACCGAGUUGCUGAUUAACAGUACAGUUGUACCUUGGUUCGCGAACGCCUUGCGAGUCGAACGUUUUGGCUCCCGAACGCCGCAAACCCGGAAGUGAAUGUUCCAGUGUGCGAACGUUCUUUUGAACCCGAAUGUCUGACGCGGCUUCUGAUUGGCCGCAGGAGCUUCCUUUCCUUGUGGGUCGGGUUUCAGUUAAAUCCCUCACCAGCAUGCUUUGAUGCAAGUGGAGGAUAGCGAAGGGGUGGAGAACAGCCCAACUGUAACGCCUGGCCCUCGAGAGCUUGCCUGUUAGUGGGUCCGGUGUCAAGGAAAAGAAUCUGACACUCCGCAAAGGAAAUGUGUUUCCUGCAGCCAAUCGGAAGCCGUGCCUUGGUUUCCAAACGUUUUGGAAGUCGAACAGACCUCCAGGAUGGAUUCAGUUCGACUUCCAAGGUACCACUGUUAAUAAAUUUGUGCCCAUGGCGAGAGUCUUGACCAGGGCCCUGGAGUUCAUGGCGAGGAGAAUAGCAGUGCUAAUACCGUAACCUGCUUCAUCGCAUUUGUUCAAAUUAGCUCCUCCAGAAGGCUGUGACCUUGAUGGGGCUAAUGGCUCUCCCUCGGCAGUGCAGUGGGAAAUGCCUCUCCCUCCCGCACCUUUCAACCCCCACCCACCCCGUGGCCCAAGUGUCAAGUAACAGGAGUGACAGCUGUGGUUAUAUUUGGCUGAGCAUUCUUACGCUUCUGCUGCUGCAGACUUGGGAAAAGCUCUCCUUGGGAAAUAAAUCAUGCAAGUUUGCCCCUUUAGCCCCUCACUGUCGAGACUUUCUGAACAUGCCGCACCGCUGUGGGGGCCUUGGCCAAAGAGCCUGGUUGUUUGUCCAGCCCAGCAAAGUAGUACAGGCUUGCAUCAUGAUGUUCUCGUUUGUGCCAGAGAAUUGAUUCAAGAUUUUCCCCCCUUUCUCUGGCAGCUGUGAGUAGGGUGCUGCUGUGUUGUUCCAAUGGGCAGAUGCCCAUUAGGGUCAGGGCAAGAAGAAGGGUAUCCAGACUGCCACCCACAAGUGCAUGAGGCACCCUACACUCACACACAAGCAGGGUUCGAGCAAAGCCAGUAGGUCUAGCAGAAAUUUGGGCCGAGUGCUCCAGUUCACGUUGCAUCACAGGCACACUCUCCAGAGCAGCUGUCUGCGCUGGCAAGGGCUGAUGGGAAUUGUCGUCAGGCUGGGGAAGGCUGCUGUAGAGUAGCAGGAUGUGUGUCCUGCUGUUCAGGCGAGUCGUCGUCCAGUUAGGGCAGGCAGGUUGCAGGCGACUUUCCUAGGACUCGCGCCUCUUGCCCAGAAUUGCCACCUCGUCCGACCUUUCCUUGUGGGUCGGGUUUCAGUUAAAUCCCUCACCAGCAUGCUUUGAUGCAAGUGGAGGAUAGCGAAGGGGUGGAGAACAGCCCAACUGUAACGCCUGGCCCUCGAGAGCUUGCCUGUUAGUGGGUCAGGUGUCAAGGAAAAGAAUCUGACACUCCGCAAAGGCAAUGUGUUUUUAACACAGUACAAAGGUAGCAUGCAUUUACCUUGGAAUUUCAAAACUAGCCGUCACCACCACCACCCUUGCCUCCAUCUUGGCUGCUUUUUGAGCUUCUCAGUGGAGGUGGCAGCUGCAGCCCUUUCCCUCCUUUUCCCUAGCUCUGUCCUCCCGGACUCAACUUGCUUUAUUGAUUCCUAGCAGCUGCUGCUGUGACUGGAGAUCCCUGGGGCAGCUGCCUGGAGCAAGGAGGAAGCCUUUGUGUGUGUGUCUGAGUGGCUUUCCUUGCCUCAGGGCUCCCGAGACCAGGGCUGUUAAAUGCAAGUUAAUGUUUAAAGUUGAUUUAAUUGUGCCAAAUAAUGGGUUGCAUCUGGCAGGAUCUGGUUCCGUGCUUUCAUGGCGUUACAGGCAGGUCCUUGGUUACUACUGGAUGCGCGGGGAGGUGGGCUGUCGUGAGAGGUCCAUAUAAAUUGCUGAGGGUUUCAGAGGCCACUGGGCCUCAAAGAUGAGCAGCUGCCACAUUGCUGUUGAACAAGGCUGUCAGACACUAGAGCUUCAGUCUGUUCCUUCCUAAUACAGUGGUACCUUGGUUCUGAAACUUAAUCCGUUCCGGAAGUCCGUUCCAAAACCAAAGUGUUCCAAAACCAAGGCGCGCUUUCCCAUAGAAAGCAAAAUGGAUUAAUCCGUUCCAGACUUUAAAAAAAACCCUAAAACAGCAAUUUAACAUGAAUUUAACAUGAAUUUUACUAUCUAAUGAGACCAUUGAGCCAUAAAAUGAAAGUAAUAAUCAAUGUUCUGUACUAUAAAAUAAAUAAGAUAAUAAAAAAAUUAAAAUUAAUUUUUUUUCUUACCUGCACUGAUAAUAGUUAUUGUUUGGAUGGGGGGGUUAUCCAUUUCUGCAGUCAAUCAAUCAAUCAAUCAAUCAUAAAACAAAAAAACAAUCCACAGACACAAAAAUGAAAAAGACACACACACAAAAACGCAAAAGCAAAAACAAAAGCACCAAAUAUUACCUCAGAACACUGCAAUCAGAAACAGAAGGCUUUAAUUACGAUUGGGGGGGACUUAAAUUUGCUGCUUAAGGGUAAAACUGAAGGAAGGAAGCCUUAAUUACUACGCGGGGGACUCAAAUAAGCUGAACAGCAGUAAAAACGGAAGCUCAGGAGCACGUUUGGCUUCCGAGGCAAAGUUCGAAAACUGGAACACCUACUUCCGGCUUUGCAGCGUUUGGGUUCUGAGUUGUUCAGGAACUAAGCUGUUCAAAAACCGAGGUACCACUGUACAGAAGAGGGUAGGGAAGGGGUGUUGAUUGUUCUCCACCUGCUGUCGGGCUGCAGCCCCCCAUCCUCCCUGACAGUUGACCAUACUGGCUGUGGUUGAAGGGAGUCCCAGCAACAAAAGAUGGCUACAGGUGCCCUCUCCCUGGUAGCAUAAGGGCUCUUGCUCCUCCCACUGUUGGGCUGCCCCGUAAAGGUAAAGGGACCCCUGACCAUUAGGUCCAGUCGUGGCCGAUUCUGGGGUUGCGGCGCUCAUCUCGCUUUAUUGGCCGAGGGAGCCGGCGUACAGCUUCCGGGUCAUGUGGCCAGCAUGACAAAGCUGCUUCUGGCGAACCAGAGCAGUGCACGGAAAUGCCAUUUACCUUCCCGCCAGAGCGGUACCUAUUUAUCUACUUGCACUUUGACAUGCUUUUGAACUGCUAGGUUGGCAGGAGCGGGGACUGAGCAACGGGAGCUCACCCCGUCGCGGGGACCUUCUGAUCGGCAAGCCCUAGGCUCUGUGGUUUAACCCACAGCGCCAUGAGGGAGCCGGCGUUUCUCUGCAGACAGCUUCCGGGUCAUGUGGCCAGCAUGACUAAGCCGCUUCUGGUGAACCAGAGCAGCGCACAGAAACGCUGUUUACCUUCCUGGCGGAGCAGCACCUAUUUAUCUGCUUGAACUUGAUGUGCUUUCGAACGCUAGGUGGGCAGGAGCUGGGACCAAACAACGGGAGCUCACCCCAUCGCGGGGAUUCGAACUGCUGACCUUCUGAUUGGCAAGCCCUAGGCUCAGUAGUUUAGACCACAGUGCCACCUGCGUCCCUACUGGGUUGCCCCAUAGCUGUUGCCAAACAGGGCACGUGACCCCCCCCCCCGGGUAGGCCCGGGUAUUUAUUUACUUUUGUCUCUUUUAACUCUUGCCGGCUUUUUCUGCAUUUCCUACAGAAAGAUUGUAAGUAAAAUAGAUGAAGACAAGGACGGGUUUGUAACUCCCGAAGAGCUAAAAGACUGGAUUAAAUUUGCCCAAAAGCGCUGGAUUUACGAGGAUGUAGAACGCCAGUGGAAGGGGCACGACCUCAAUGAGGACGGGCUCAUUUCCUGGGAAGAGUAUAAAAAUGCCACCUACGGCUACAUCUUAGGUAGGUCCCCCGCUCUUGGGGCAACCGCUUUCUGGAGCCCGGCGUCUUGAAACUUGCUUGUUUUGUCUUGUAGAAUGAUUGUAAGUAAAAUAGACACGGAUAAGGAUGGGUUUGUGACCGAGGGGGAGCUGAAGGCCUGGAUUAAGAAGGCGCAGAAGAAGUACGUGUAUGACAAUGUAGAGCACCAGUGGCAGGAGUAUGACAUGAACCAAGAUGGCUUAAUCUCCUGGGAUGAGUACAGAAACGUGACCUAUGGCACUUACCUGGGUAAGGGGCAAGUUGCCAGAGCCGCAGUCAUCCUGAUCUCCUGCCGAUAAAGCAGGAAGGGGGUGGAUGGGCAGGGUGGUCUUGCAGGCCAUGGGAAGCCUGAAAUGCCUAAUGAUUUAGAUCUGAGGCCCGAUGCGUCUCUGCUGAUAGAAUCAGCCUUCGAAUCUCGCCAGGCACAUUUUUCACCUGGCUAUCAGUAAAAAUGCCCAGAUAGCGUCUGACGUAUCCACCAUCUGGAGGUGUGUGCCUGGAGAUCUUUGGAUCUUGACAGUAUUCACACAUGAGCAACACACCUUGCAGAAUUCUGUCCGCUAUACUUUAUCUGCACAAUCAGAAUGAAUCUCAGGAACCAAAAAGUCACAUUGAGAAAUACAACUUUUGAGCCAUCUGGCCGCAAAAUGGCAACCAGGCAUUCAGUUUGGGCGACCGUAACCCUAAUUUAAGGAGUUAUUUGGCGCCUAGAUUUAUAUAUCUGAGUUUCUAACACGGGAUCGAAUCCCAUGUUAUGGGAGAGGUAGCAGUUCUCUCCUUUGAAAAUGGUCCCUUGCCAACUUACAUUGAGGAAGCACAAAAAGCCCUGGAAGUCUUGGACCUUGGCUGGAGAUGCCUCUUCUCACCUCUGCUUCAUUGAUAAAUACAGCAUAGUGACAUGAUCUUAAUGGUAACUCUCCUGAGUGCUACCACAGGCUGUAUGUUAACGUUAAAUCUCCUGUUGCGUUUGAGCUCUUCAAGGCCUGUGCCUAAGAAAGGAGGGGAGAAUCCUGGGAAUAGAAUAGAAUAGAAAAGAACAGAAUAAAAUUUAUUAUUUAUACCCCGCCCAUCUGGCUGGGUUUCCCCAGCCACUCUGGGCGACUUCCAACAAAGUAUUAAAAUACAGUAGUCUGUUAAACAUUAAAAGCUUCCCUAAAGAGGGCUGCCUUCAGAUGUCUCCUAAAAAUCUGGUAGUAGUUCUUCUCUUUGACAUCUGGUGGGAGGGUGUUCCACAGGGCGGAUGCCACCACCGAGAAGGCCUUCUGCCUGGUUCCCUGUAACUUGGAUUCUCACAGUGAGGGAACCGCCAGAAGGCCCUCGGCACUGGACCUCAGUGUCCGGGCUCAACGAUUGGGGUGGAGAGAAGCCCCCCAGAUGCUGCGUUGGCCUCGCAGCUCCCCUAAGCCCCAGUCGCCACGGCCAGUGGUCACAAAGCCCAGAAGCAUCUUGAGGGCCGCGGGUUGCCCACCCCUGGCCCACUGUUCCUGUCUGCAGAGGAGGAACUGUCACUCAGUGCAAGGAAGGCUAACUUCUGGGUUCAGUUGCAGUGCCAAUGAGCUCACUACUCUGCAAUGUGGGACGGGGGUCUUUCCAAAAAUCUCUUCACUAGCAUUGACCCAAACCAGUCUUCUCCAGGCUGGCACCCUCCAGAUCUUUGGGACUACAACUCUCAUCAGCCCUUGCUAGCACGUCCAUGCUGCCUACGGCUAAUGGAAGUUGUAGUCCAUACUGUCUGGAUGGCACCAGGUUGGAGGGGGGGGGAAGCUAGUGUGUAAUGCUCUGAGCCUAUUGCAAACACACCUUCCUGCUUAUCGUGCACUCCCUGACUUGACUUGGGAAAAGAGCCAUUCCUGUUGCAAUACAGCGUGUUGCUCUUGGCUUUUAUUUUAAUUUUGAUACCCAGAUAAUAAACUUACUUUCAUGUAACUCUAGCAGUUGGUUCGAAAUGAAGUAAUUGCUGUGGUUAAAAUAUAUCGUAUUUUUCAGACCAUAAGACGCACCUUUUUCUUCCUAAAAAGUAAGGGGAAAUGUAUGUGUGUCUUAUGCAGCGAAUGUGUGGUCCCUGGAGCCGAACUGCCCAGGGGCGAAAAGCAGAUCAUGCUUUUGGAAACAAAGCCGCUGAUCGGCAAGUGAUCAGGAGAGAGAUAAGGGACGCUAGAGAUAAAGGAGGCUGCCUGGGAGUGCGGAGGUAAAGACAGCAAACUUGCAAGGAGAGGAGACAGGAAGACUAAAGCAAUGAGGAGAGAAAUUAGAAGAAAAGGAGGAGCAAAAAACUGCUCCAGCUAAGGAAAAGACAUUAAGGCAAACAAGAAGGAAGGGGUUGUUGAAAGGAAGCAGCUGAUUGGUAAGCAAUCAGGAGGGAGAUUAGGGACGCAAUAAAGGAGGCUGCCUGGGAGCGGGGAGGUACAAGCCAAGGAUCCUCAGGAUUUUUGCAUUGGGUCACCCCAAAUUCAUCAUCAGAUCACAUAGCAUGUCCAUGGCUACAGCCUGCACCAAAAAAAUCACGCAUCCACUGUUUCGUGGGGCCGCAGUGACGCAAAAACGUGGUUACAAAGCACAGAUCCACAUGGAUCCUCAGGAUUUUUGCAUUGGGUCACCCCAAAUUCACCAUCAGAUCACAUGUCUGUGGCCACAGCAUGAACCACAAAAAUCAUACAUCCACUGUUUCGUUCAGAAUAUUCCCCCCCCCCGUUUCCCUCCUUUAAAAACUAGGUGCGUCUUACGGUCAGGUGUGUCUUAUGGAGCGAAAAAUACGGUACCUUAAAGCAGGAGGGUGACCAAAGAGUCAACCAUUUUUGCUAGUGAGAAAUUAUGGUUACCUGGAGCCUGGUUUGGCCGUUCUGUGGCUGAGGAACACCAGGGUCCCUGAGCAACAUUUUGCUCUUGGAAAGGGUGCUGCAGAACUUGAUGGGCGGCACUUAUUCUACCGUCGUUUUCCCUGAACAGUGUGCCCUGUGACAUGUUCAGUAAACGUGUGCAAACUGCACUUCCGGCAGCAGUAAUGAUAACACCGGUGAGGUUUGUUACCCCUCAAGUGAUCUCCUGGCACUGAAGCAGACGCAUCCUUUCUCUCGCCACCCAGACGACCCCGACCCCGACGAUGGCUUUAACUACAAGCAGAUGAUGGUGAGAGACGAGCGGAGGUUCAAGAUGGCCGACAAGGACGGAGACCUGAUUGCUACAAAGGAAGAGUUCACUGCUUUCCUGCAUCCUGAAGAAUAUGAAUACAUGAAGGAUAUAGUUGUGCAAGUGGGUACCACGCAGGGACACAUGGGUUAACUUAAGCCAGGGAGCAAGUAUAACUGUAUUUAAGUGACACGUUGCCACCCAUAUCCCACCUGCAAAAGGCUUAUGAAGUAGCAUUUUAAUGCUACUUCUGAAAUGUGUUCUGGUCAGGGUGGAUAAUAUUAAUGAUUUUUUAAAAAAUCAGAUUUUUAAAUUUAUUUAAAUCAGAUUUUUUAAAAUUUAAAUCGGUUUUUUUAGAUUUAAAUUGGAUUUUUAAAAUAAAAUGCUUUUGGAGGAAAAAUCUUUCUAAAGAUAGUUUUCUAUUUAAGUUACAUUCUAGUCCAAAGGCUGUUCAUCAGGAAAUAAGGAUUUGUUUUAAGUUUCUCAUGUGUGCUAAAACUCAGUCCAAGUUUUUUUUUUUUUUUAAAUUGUUUAACCACAUCAGUUAACAAACAUGGAUACAUAUGCCAUAAUGUUACUGUUUUAGUUAAAUAAAUUGUUAUUAAGGAAAUGAUUAUUUUUCUCCUUCCGAUAAAGUACAGCAGCAAAGCUGUCCAAGUAUAAACAGUGAACUUAUUAAACCUCACCAUAAUUUCAUAAUUAUCUUUCUAUGUAUUUCUAAUAGUACAACCAAAUCAGUCAUUUUUGAUUAACUGCUCUGAAAAUUUAUUAUUCCAAAAACGAAACCUUCGUUUGGUUGCAGAUAUUGAGAUUAUACCAGCAAGAAUGAGUCCUCCUGUAAAAAAAUGAUUUAAAUCAAGUCUUACCGACUAGUGAUUUAAAUCGUGAUUUAAAUCGAUUUGAUUUUAAUCAUAUCCACCCUGUUUCCGGUCAGCUUAUCAUUGCCACCUCUGGGUCGUAUGUGGAAGGCGAGGUUUCUGAACUUGUUCUGUGGGUGGGUGGUUUGGGAUGUUGACCCCUGUUCUCCCUUCUAGGGAUCUCUGUAUGUUCUAUAUUGAUCCUAAGGUUCUCUUCUUGCCUGCUGGAAAUCAUUUCUUAUGCUCGCUUCUCUUUGCUCUCUGGCAAAGAAGGGGCACCAUAGGUCCCACCUGAGCUUAAGCUGCGAUGCUGACGUUGGUUUUUCUCAACAGGAAACAAUGGAGGACAUUGACAAGAAUGGGGAUGGCUUCAUCGACUUGGAAGAAUACAUAGGUGAGCCAGACAUCACUUCCUUCUCCCCUCCUCCUCCUUUAGUUCAGAUCCUCGUUGUCAUUCCUCAAAGUUACUAUUAAAAUGCUGUAUUUAAAAUGGCUGCAGCCCACUUUUGGAAUGAAGGGUGGGUAGUGAAUUAAAUUAAGAAAUCCUCCCCAUUAUUAUGGUAACUGUGGGAGAGGCAGUCACACCCCAGAGGAACAGGGCUGGUUAUGGGUUGGCUGCCCAGUCCCUCCCAGUUUCAUUAAUACUGAUGUGUCUUUCAAGUUUGUGUUCCUCGGCAUCUUGGCAAAAGGGAAAAGAUUCCUGGAUAGACCAUUUAAAAUAAAAAGGUGCUCCCUUGUUGAUACUCACCUCCCCUUACCUUGCAUAAUCUCAUUCCCAGGCCGGCUGCUGAUCCAGGUGAUUUAAGAGUCAUUCUUGUUAUCAGCCUCACAUAGCCCUAUUCCGCGAUAGAUUUUUAUUCUUUUUUUUAGUGAUUGUUGCAAUAUUAUUUAUUUUUAUUAUCUAUUGAAUUUACCGUAUUUUUCACACCAUAGGAUGCACUUUUCCCCCUUCAAAAAUGAAGGGGAAAUGUGUGUGCGUCCUAUGGAGCGAAGACAGCAUAGCCGCGCGACCCUCUGCCGGCUGGAGAGGUGACACGCAGCUAUGGCAGCAGCCUCUUUAGCCGCGCGCCAUCUCUCCAGCCGGGAGAGCACGUGCUGGGCUAAAGAAGCCCCCCGCGACCCUCUCCCGGCUGGAGAGGUGACCAGCAGCUAUUGCAGCAGCCUCUUUAGCCGUGCGCCUUUGCGCUGCUCCCCGACCUGCUCUUUGGGGCUGGUGGUGGGCUUCCCCCUGCCAGCCCCAAAGAGCAGGUCGAAAGGAACCUGAAGCCUGGAGAGCACACCGACCCCUCUCGCUCUCCAGGCUUCCAAGGUAGCUGCCUGAAGGCGACUGAACGCACCUUAAACGGCACCUUGUUUUAGAGGGGGGAAACAAGAGGGGGGAAAUUCUCCCCUUCUCUGUGCAGCGCCUCCUGCCGCUUCGCUGAAGGGGCGCUUAGCAGAGAGGGGGAGAAUUUUUUUUUCUUGUUCUCCCCCCUCUAAAACAAGGUGCGUCCUAUUGUCCGGUGCGUCCUUUGGUGCGAAAAAUACGGUAUAUAUGCUUUGUGGCCUCUAUGUUGCAUUCCGCAAUAGAUUUUUAUUCUUUUUGUGUGAUUGCUGCAAUAUUAUUUAUUUUUAUUGUCUAUUGAAUUUAUCUAUUGAAUUUGGGGCCUUAGGUUAAAAUUUGCAACUGAGUCCAAUGGACACGUGGUUCUCAAGCCUGACCCAGUGUCUGCCUGCCUGUCUCUCUGCCUCUCUCCCCCUUCGCCACAGGCGACAUGUACAGCCAUGACGGCGACGCCGAAGAGCCUGAGUGGGUGAAGACGGAGCGAGAGCAAUUUGUAGAGUUCCGGGACAAGAACCGCGACGGGAAGAUGGACAAGGAGGAGACCAAGGACUGGAUCCUCCCCUCGGACUAUGAUCAUGCCGAGGCAGAAGCACGGCACCUCGUUUACGAGUCGGAUCAGAACAAGGUGAGUCUCUGUCAGGAUUCAGGGAAUUGGCUUCCUCCCCCAUGGCCAUAAAUGAGCAGAUCAAACGAAAGGAAUUCUGAAUCCCAGAAGCCAGAACAGCAACAGGGAUCUGGCUUCUGGGAUAGCCACGCAAAGCCUCUUCAGGGCAGCAGGAUGAAGGCUCCCCCUGCCCAGAAGAGGCUGCGCGUGGCUAUCCCAUAAGCCAGGACAGCGAGCGGGAUCACUGCGCAGCGAUCCCACUUGCUUAUGGGAUAGCUGCGCGAAGUCUCUCCCGGGCAGCGGGAUAAAGGCUCCCCCAAGAGCCGCACUCCCUUUAAAGAGUGUGCGGAGCGUGUGUGCGGGGGGUUCCCUCUUGGGGGCUUUUCCCCAAAGAGGGAGAAGGGCAGCCCUUCUCCCUCCUCAGGGAAAAGCCCCCAAGAGCUGCACACAUGCUCCACGUGGCUCUUUAAAGGGAGCACUGAGCAGAGCCUCCCGCCUGCAUUCGCUCCAUAAGACGCACACACACAUUUCCCCUUACUUUUUAGGAGGGGAAAAGUGCGUCUUACAGAGCGAAAAAUAUGGUAAUUCAGGGGUCGGCAAGGUUUACCUCGCCAGGGCCAGUUCACUCCCGCAGAGAUUGCUCUGUGGGCUGGAUCGCGUCUGCACAUACGCGAUUUCCGGUCCAGACACGAUUUCUGGUGCCAUGGAAGCAAGUCUCCACUCCGCACUGCGCUGCUUUAGCGCAGCGCGCAGAGACUUGCGAAGCGUGUGGCUCAGUUUGGGGGCGACUCAUGGGCCGUUUAAACGACCCACGUGGGCCAUAGGUUGCUGACCCCUGAGUUUGUUUCUUUAAUAAACACAGCUAAGGACAAAAGAAAGCGUCCACCCAGAACGGCAGUGCUCCCAAUUAAGCUUACAACCCGUCUGUCCCUAUUAAUCUACGUCACUCCUACGUCUUGUAAUCUGAACUUGUAGCACCCUCUGUCCUUUCUGUUCUGAAACUUUCUGAGCUCUUCUUGACCUUGGGGAGAGUGGAGGGAGGCUGUCCAGAGACUGUGGAUCUGUUAACCCUCUCCCUUCCAGUGUUUCUUCUCCUAGCUGUUCCCCAUCCAGUAUUUCCCAGCUUCUGCCUUCUGAACUAUGCCCCUCUGCAAGCCACUGUUCUAAAUCUAUACUGUCCUCCUGCUCCUGAGAAGAUGCAGGAGCAGGGGGAAGGGGGUGGCUCCUACCAUUCUUCCUCAGUGCAGCCCUCCUCAGCACGGUCCCAGACAGGCUCCCUUUUGCAGAGCGACUGGCUUUGUAAUUCCACAUCACUGGGUGUCGUUGAGGCCCAGGUGCCGAGAGGCCUGUCUCAGCAGAUCCCAGGGGACCAGGCCGCAGUUCCUAGGAAGCUGCCUUGUUCUGACUCAUUCCAUUGGUCCUUCCAGCUCAGUACUGUCUGCAUGGACUGACACACAUUCUGCAGGAUUUUAGACAGGGUUCCUCCCAGCCCUACCUGGAGUUGCCAGGGAUGGAAGCUCAUAUCUCCUCCUUUGAGAAAAUCCCAGCCCUGUCUUGUACACUUCGUACUGUAUACCUGUUGGGCCAGGGACCUGUUCCUUCCCUGCUCUGUAUGUCAACUAUCAGGCUGCUGCAGCUAAAUAGAAACCAAGUCCUCUGAGACAUUUUCCUGAUCAGCUCUGGUUGAAAUGAAUGGAAGCCACACAAGAGCUUCCAUUUAUUUUGACAGGGUUUGCUUGUGGGACUGUCUUGGGCGAUUGUCCCUCUUAAACAUUCAUUAGGACUCAUUAGGAAUAGUUGCCAAAGCGCCUGAGUUCUCCUUUUGUUCUUUAGGAUGGCAAACUCAGCAAAGAAGAAAUUGUGGACAAGUACGACUUGUUUGUGGGCAGCCAGGCUACGGACUUUGGGGAAGCCUUAGUACGACACGACGAGUUCUAA